AUACGCAAUGCGUAUCAUGUGGAUCAUGUGCACCAAUGACACACACAUAUGCAAUUUGCAUGUUAAUAAAUAUACGAGUUACGAAUGUUAUUUUAAUUUCAUUGCCUCAAGUUGGCAUUACGUGUCGGUGCUCCAACGGAUGCAACACGUGCUCUACGGGAAAAAAUUAGAGCGGACGCGCGCGCGUCUCUAUAUUUCUCACAAAACAUUUGAAUAAAGUGAAAAAAGAAUAAAUAUAUUUGCAUCCAGCGAUCAUUGGGCUACAGUGAUCAUGGAUAACUUCUGCAAAAUUGAAAAGAUUGGCGAGGGAACGUAUGGCGUUGUUUACAAGGCGCGAGACAAAGUUACCGGUAGAAUGGUUGCUUUGAAGAAAAUUCGUCUCGAAACGGAGAGCGAGGGUGUACCAUCAACCGCACUUCGCGAGAUCUCCUUGUUGAAAGAACUGGCGCAUCCAAAUGUUAUACACCUUUUUGACAUAGUGCACAGUAAAAAACACUUAUAUCUUGUGUUUGAAUACUUGGACCAGGAUUUAAAGAAGUUACUGGAUGCUGUAAGAUUUGCUGAAGUGGAUGACGACGUUUGGGAUGAAUUAGUGAAGAGCUACCUUUACCAACUGCUGAAGGCAAUAGCCUUUUGUCACGUUCACCUCAUACUGCACAGAGACUUAAAGCCACAAAAUCUUUUGAUAGACCGGAGGGGUCACAUAAAACUUGCUGAUUUUGGACUGGCAAGAACAUUUGGAGUACCCGUAAGAACUUACACCCACGAAGUAGUAACACUGUGGUACAGAGCACCAGAAAUUUUAUUGGGGACCAAGUUGUACUCGGCAGCGGUUGAUGUCUGGAGUCUUGGGUGUAUUUUUGCUGAAAUGACUACGAAACGAGCCCUGUUUCCAGGCGAUUCGGAAAUUGAUCAGCUCUUUAGGAUAUUUCGAACUUUUGGAACCCCUGACGAAACUAUAUGGCCAGGUGUCUCACAACUUCCUGAUUACAAAUCGAUAUUUCCACGCUGGGAACCUCGAGAUUUGGAUUACGUCGUUCCAAGCUUUAAAGAGGACGCUAAAAAUUUGUUUUUGAAAUUGUUGACGUACGAUCCCAACGAGAGAAUUACUGCCAGAAAAGCUUUGGGUCAUCCGUAUUUCAACAAUGUUAAAGUUGUUCCACCACCGCUACCAUCGGUAAACAAGGACUGAACAUUGUUGUAAAUAUACCAAUCACAACCAACACUUUGUUACUGUAUUUACCAAACUCUAUCAUAAUUUUUUACACGCAUAUUUUUUGAUGCUAAAGAUAAGAGAAGAAAAAAAUGAACAGAAAUAGAAAAUGAUCAAUCGAUACGAGUAUACUUUGCGAAUACUUCGAAAAGUCGAAAUCUGACGGAUAUCAAUGAAAUGAAAAUGCUGACGA